AUGGGCUCGCAGGCCGAUUCCUUUCUCCGCCUCGCGGAGCGCCAGGGUCUGGACAUGGCCGCCGCGGGCUCUAACUUCGUCUUCUCUCCGCUGUCGAUCCGCGCGGGUCUCAGCCUUGCCGCCAUCGGAUCCAAGGGCGAGACACUGGAGCAGAUGCUCUCCUUCUUGGGCUCCCAUACCGUCGCCGAUCUAAACUCCGCCGCCGUCCGCCUCCUAAGCUCCGUCAGCGGCGGCAGCGACGGAGAUGGUGCCACCUACGGGCCCCGCUUGUCGUUCGCCAACGGGAUUUGGGUAGAGCAGUCGCUGGAGCUGAAGCCGGCGUUCCAGGAGGCGGCGACCUCUGUCUACAGCGCCGUCGCCAAGUCUGCCGACUUCCAAAAUCGGGCUGGUGAAGUGAGGAUAGAAGUGAAUGAUUGGGUUAAGAAAAAGACAGAUGGGCUUGUCGAAAAUCUGAUACCUGAAGCAGGUGUACAUGACUCGACCAGGCUCCUGAUCGCCAAUGCUCUCUGCUUCAAAGGCUUGUGGAGUUCCCCGUUUGAUAGCUUCCGAACCAUAAAUGAAGAAUUUCAUCUUCUCAAUGGAAGCACCAUACGAGUGCCUUUCAUGAGAAGCGGAGAAGACCAGUUUAUAUCCUCUUAUGAUGGCUUCAAAGUCCUCAAAUUGCCUUACGAAGGAAGCUUCGAGGAUUGGAGGAGGUUCUCCAUGCUCAUAUUUCUCCCUCACAAGAAGGAUGGGCUGAACGAACUAACUAAUAAAUUUGUUUCUGACCCAAACUUCAUUAAUAGACAUAUACCAAGAAGUCGAGUUGAAGUUGGAAAAUUCUGGAUUCCCAAGUUCAAAAUCUCAUUUGGUUUUGAGGCAUCUGCUGUGUUAAAGGGCUUGGGACUAGAGUCUCCUUCAAGCGUGCGUCACGAGGCCUCCAUUGAGGUUGACGAAGAAGGAACAUUAGCGGCUGCUGCAACUGAAAUAGAAAUCAUGAUGGGCUGUUGCCUCUCAAAAAGCCUGGAUCGCGUGCCAAUGGAUUUCCAAGCGGACCAUCCUUUUGUGUUUGUCAUCAGAGAAGAGGUGACUGGAUCGUUGUUGUUCUUUGGUCAUGUUGUUGAUCCCUCGUUCGUAGAUUAA